AUGUGUGAACCAUAUAACAGAAAGAGGGCAUUGAAAGCAAGGGAAAAUCCUGCUGAUAGCGAGCCUUAUAAAAGAUUUAAGCGCUCUUCUAUGGACGAAGAAUGUAUAUAUGAUACUACUAUCAGCAAGAAAUCUGAUAAAAGAAUGGGCGCGGACAGAAAACUUAUUAGCCAAUAUGAGGAAGUAUAUCUUGAGUUCAUCAGCUCAAGAAUUUCUCAAAAAUCGCUGACUCUUAUAAGAAGAAUCGUGCAUUCGAAAGAAAUCCCAAGCGAAAUCAGAGGACAGCCAUUAUUCAAGUAUAUUUUGGAUGUCUAUGAAAAAUUGUCACUCAGCGAAAUUGAGGUAACUGUUUGAGCAAUUUAUUUACUCCCCCAGUGAGUAAACACAACAUUGAAAAAUUCUCAUCUUCCAUAAACGAGCAAAAAAAUGUAUUAUUAAAAAUAUAAAGAAUUGUAUAUAAAUUUAAGCUAUAAUUAUUAUAAUGAAUUCCCUAGCUAAUCCUGUUAAAUUUUAAACAUAAAUUUUAUAAAUUAAUUUUUGCUUUUCGAUUUUUGUGAAUUGGAUCUUUUAAAUUUCUGACAAAAAUAUAUAACUAACCCCUUCUUUAAACGAACAAAAUUUUUUUGUUUGCUCAUGAAGGAGAGUUAGAUAGGUUCGUUUGAAAUGACAAAGAGCUUCCCCUUCGUCUGCUUUUAAUAAUUUCAGCCUAUGCUGCAAAAUCCUACCUUAGCGAUACUAAAAUUUUCUACGAGUAUAUAUCCUCAAAAAUCCAAUAUCUAUAA